CCGACAUGGCUGAUGUAGCCUCCGAACUCUCCUUUUCGUUUACAGAAUUGUGCAAGCAACUCAUUUCUUCUUUCUCACUCAUACCCGUAUCCCUCUCUACAAAUCUGUGAAAAAACAAGCCUAAUUUCUUGACGGGAAAAAAACCAUGUCUUCCUCAACAAAGCGCCGUGAUAUGGACCUUAUGAAGCUGUUAAUUCUCUCCAUAAAAUCUUUAAAUUUUGCUUAUUUGUUGUGUUAUUAAUUUUUAGUUGUUUGAAUAUAUAUUUUUAACUUUUUUUUUCUUGGAGUAGGAUGAUGAGCGAUUACAAGGUGGAGAUGAUCAAUGAUGAGAUGCAAGAGUUCUAUGUACAUUUUCAUGGACCUAAUGACAGUCCUUACCACGGUGGUGUGUGGAAAGUAAAGGUGGAGCUUCCGGACGCUUAUCCGUACAAAUCACCGUCCAUAGGGUUUGUUAAUAAGAUCUAUCAUCCAAAUGUUGAUGAGAGCUUAAUUGAGAUUCUUGAUAAUUAUUUGAACUUUCGUCGUUCAGAUCUUGUCAAUGUGUUUGAAGUAUUUAUACCACAACUUCUUCUGUAUCCAAAUCCAUCGGACCCUUUGAAUGAUGAGGCAGCAGCUCUGAUGAUGCGCGAUAGAAUUGCAUAUGAAUUAAAAGUUAAAGAGUACUGUCAAACAUUUGCCAAGCCGGAAGACGUGGGAGUGGGAGCCGCCCCGGAAAAAAAAUCAAGUGAUGAGGAGCUUAGCGAAAACGAAUACGACUCAAGUGAUGAGGCUGUUGCCAAGGCAGUGGAUCCAUAGCCCAGAUUCCAUAUCUGUAAUUGCUUGAAUUUGAGCAUGGUGAUAUGGAUCAAAUUUGAAUUGCACAUAAGAUUAUUCAUUGGGACGGAUACAAAAGAAGUAAUCCUUCCCUUUUCUUUUAGUUUAUGUAAAUAGAUGUAAACCUAGUUCACCUGCAAAGAAAAUGCUUGUUCAUAAUGUAUUUCAUAAUCUUAUUGUCCUGCAAAAAUUGUGGUCGAGAUGUUUCGAGAA